UUUGUACGACAGGCAAAUGUAGGUAGUUGAUAAAAUUAGACAACAUACAGCAGAAUGCAAUAUGACUGUUUUAGUUCGGCGUCUGUCCUAUAGGGGGCAGUGUGGUGCGUUUUUUCCACUCACUAUAUGCAGAAGAACUGGUGGGAAAUUUGACCGUGUACGGAACCUUUUUACUUCCUGUUAUUGUUACUUCUUUUAAAAGUGCUUUACUCAUGUUAACACGAUAUGGACCGGUACGUGUUAGUUGUAUGUUAUUGCCAAAAUGAUGAUGACCUCCGCGAGGAUGGUAAAUGUCUGCAGCCCGUGAAACAAAUCUAUGAUAGACUUGUGUGCAUCUCAGCUCAGGAAGAGCUAACAGGAGCCUCUGUGUUUCCAGCUUGUUCUCUAAGUGGCAGCCCAUCAGCGCAGAGGUGGUACUUUGCAAUUCAGGCAAGUCAAGGUGCAGCUCAGUUUUGCAGCUCAGACUGGGAAGUGCUUGGGACUGGCCAUCAGAAAAAUGAUAGUGAGGAAGAAAAGCCAACUUCUUUGGAGUCAUGUCCCAAUUCACUGAGUCUUCAGCAGUCACUGAACCAAAAUGCUGAUCAACCAACUGUGACCGAGCUGCUGGAGGAGGCAGCAGACGGAUUGCAUGUACUGUCGGACAAGCUCCCCCCUCCAGGUAAAGCUCUGUUGGAUGUGCUGGUGUUUGGCAGUGCUGAGCAGCCUCCUGCUUCAAAAGAACUGCUGCCUCUGCUGGGAGCCCUCAAACACAUGGUCUGCUGGCGUGCUGCUAAAGUCACUGUAGUCACACAGCAUGCGGCGGCCUGGCAGCAGGUAGUGUCCUUCCUGAGUGCUGGUGUGACUGAGCCUGCUAGCCUGAUCAGUUGUAUUGAUCACACUGAACUGUGGAGAGGAGGACUGCUUAUCAGAGAGAAGAAGUAUGCAUCAGAGCUAUGUUUCGAUGGCUUUUCUCUGCGCUCUCGAGUGAAACAGAAAUCCGGGCUGAGUCUCCUGCAAGCUCCUGAUAUGAGGCCAGACCACAAAUUACACUCUGAGGUCUUCCAUUACUACAGACCAGUUUUAGAUUUGGUUCAUUUGGUUACUCUCUCAGACCUGCCCAGCUAUGUGAUGUCCAACACCCAUUUUGAACUAGGCCUUUCUGGGAAGUCAGUGAAAGCUAAACUACUGCUGGAUCAGCUGAAGUCUCUGCGUGGAAAGGUUGCGGCGUUGUUCAGCCUGUCCUGUACAGUCACCCACGUGGCUCAGUCUGCAGCCAGCCAACUCAGCUCUCAGCACUGGAGAGAGUCUCUCGCAAAGAAACCAAAGUCUCUGUGCGUGCCUGUCGUAGAGGUAAAAGGUGAGAGUGGCCACUACUUGCUGUUGAUCCAGGGCUCUGACGACACGGGAUCGGACACCUGCAAAGUUAGACUGUUGCACUCAGCCACUCAGAUUAAUGGAGCAGCUGCUAUGGCAACAGUCUCUGCAUUGCUGAUGGGGAAGUCGCUCUCAUUGCCAGCUGGGAAUGCUGACAACAUCCUGCACUCCCUGCACCGGAUCAAAGGAGACACCUUUCUGAAGAGAGAAAAAAUGGUGAAUUGGGCCCAGGCCCUGGUUCUCAAAGAAUAUCUAAGACGAAAAAAAGAUGCAUCUACCACAAUACCAGUCAAUGACUUGAAGGUUCUUCUGAAUCUGGCUAGGGAACAGUAUCUGAAGAUGACAGACUCCAGUCUUUCUCCCUCUGCCUCUUGCUUGACAGAUGACCAGAAGAGGGCGACCUCAGAGAACUCUGGUUUUCAAGCACUUGACAGUAAUUCCAUCCAGCAAUUUGAUUGGCCAGAAUGGAGUGUCCUUCUCAAUGUAGAGAACCUGCACAAGAACCAACAAAAAAGAAGAUUGGGUCUAAGUCAAGCUUCUCGUGACAACUUACUGGGUCCUAAAGACAAUCAGAAGAGUUCACCUGCUUUACUAGAUGCCAGAGAACUUCUAAAACACUUUACGACAGAUGGCAUGCCAACUGGUGAGCUCCAACCACUGGCUGUCCUUCGAAGUAAUAACGGCUUUGAGUUGUCACCAGAUCUCUCUCCAGGCAAAGUCAGUCAUAUGCCAUUUAACAGAGCUUCAGCUUCCCGUUACCAUGGCAUAGAGUUUUGUCUCGACAACCAGCGUUCCUUAGACCGGGACCAGGCCUUUGCAAGGCUCCAGUCCCGUCUGGUUCGCUAUGAAACCCAAACCACCUGUUCCAAGGAGAUUUGUGCCCUCCCGUUUGCCCUCAGUCCAGCCCCUUCACCCGCCGUGAUGUCAGAACCAGGAAGCGUCCCAGAUGGGGAAACAUUGCAGAAUGCUGAUGUAGCUCGUCUAAAACGAAGGUCCUGGGACACCGACAUCAUUGGAGGAUACCCCCACAAGAGACUGGUGAAGUCGGAGAGCAGCGACUCACUGUGUUCUCAGAGCAGCGCCAGCAGCGGGACACAUCCUUCCAUCAGGUCACUGAGAAGGCAGCCGUGCAGAUCUCAAUCUGCUUCCUCUUCCAUCUGCACUUCAUCUUCUACAGCUGCACUACGGACUUCCUCAGGUCUGGCAACUCUCCCCUCUGGUGACAAUGUUAAAACCUUGCAGCAGAAGAUGCAUGUUGAGCAAAUGGAGGGCAAACCUGUCAAAGAGUCUCGCUCCCAGAAACACAACAGGAUACUGCAGGAAGUAGUGGCUAAAACGCUGAAACUCCAUGGGAUUACUGCAGAGCACGAAUGCUUUGAGGCCUGCAGCCGGCGACUGUUUGACAUUUCUAAAUUCUAUCUCAAGGAUCUGAAGACGUCUCGUGGGCUGCAUGAGGAGAUGAAGAAGACUGCUGGCAACAACGUCAAACAGGUCAUUGACUGGGUGCUGGAGAAGACCUUAAAGACGAGAAAACAGACUUAAAGAGAAAGUUGGAAAAAUAUACCUUUCCAAAUCAUAUAGUUACAUCAUCAGCCAUGUAAAGGUUUGGAGUCAGUGUUGGACUUUGUGGUUUUUUUUGUUUUUGUUUUUUUUUUUUUAAACUGGAUUUAGUGGUUUUAAAAACUGUAUCUUUUGCACAAAAAUACAAAACAAACAAAAACUUAAUAAGUCAGGUCUGUGUUUGCGUUUUACUCUUUUAAUUUUUUUUAAAAGAAUCAAAUCCUUUAUUCCUUUUUAUUUGUUAGCUAAAAUGCAGAUUGGUGCUUUUUUCUAUUUAAAAUGCAGAUAAACAAUCAUGUUGAACCUGAGUGUUGGUUGAAGAGCAGAACAGAAAAACCUGCACAACAAAUUCUAGUCACAUUAUUUCUUUUUUCUUCUCUGAUUUUAAAAACCUGAUUUGUUCAUUUUCUUUACAAACACUGUAUGUUUUAAAGCAUGACAAAUGUACAUAUUUCAUCUGUAAAAUGUUCCUGUUUGUAACAAAAUAAAAUUUUUCUUUCUUCUUACAUCA